UUUGAUUCAAUACUGGCCUUGUGGGACGACUUUGAAACCCGUUGAAUUGUGGAAACCAUGGCCUUUGCAUACUCAUCCUACGAAGAGCUGAGUCUCCCGAUAUCUUUGGGACACUCUGGGAAGCUCAUCGAUCUGAGUUCUGACGACCGCCUGCCCCAAGAACUCCCAGCCGAUGACCUCCGUUUUCAUGAGCUCCCGGUUGACGAUAUCGCAGUUGACAGCUGUGCCCAGCGACGCCCUAAGAAAGCGCCCAGGCCUAAUAAGGCCAGUCGCGCCUUUCGCCACGCCCAACUCGCCGCCCGCCAGUUUAUCCGCCAACGGCAGCACACGGCGGACGCGGCGGUGGCCAAGCGCGUCGAAUCAAACGAGCACCUCCCUCUCUCCGUGAUCGAGCUCGUCCUCUCACACCUAGAUGUACGAGGCGUGGCGCAGAACUCGGAAGAGGACGGUGCGUGGAUCCCAGAGUGUGCUGGAGGGCUUUAUAACCGCCUCGUCUACUCGCGGCACGCAGCCCGCCGGCAGGCAUUCAAACCGCUCGCAUCCUGGCUGCUGCGGUCGUGCGACCCGGCGGCGCGCUUCGAUGCGGCAUUUUGUGUUACAUGGACCGGGUUGCCACAGCUAUUAAGGCCCAUCAUCGAGGAUAUGAGGGCGUGCCUCAGCUACAUCGAGGCUUUCCAGUCGUGCCUCGACCUCGAGACCGAGGGCUGUGACUACUGGCUUGACCUGACUCAUCUCCGUGAGUGCGUGUUCCGCCUUACAGGCUUUUGGCCGCAUGACAUCAAGCAUGAUGAAGAAGCGUGGGCGUUCGGUCUGCCCGAGGUACUCAUACGGCUCCUGUAUCCGCAAUGUGGCAGGUUUGACCAUGCUGACAUGUCCAUGAACCUAGAUGAGGUCAUCGUUGGGCCGGCCUGGAACAAGCUGAUGAAGCUCGAGGCUAUCAUUCGCCUGCAUGAGGAGUGUUGCCCUUAG